AGCAGAGUGCAUUCGAACAGGGAAAUCGAGACGACGCAGCUCAGAAGCUCGCAAGGUAUCUUCUCUUCGGCGUAUUCUACGAACGGAAAGUGUUCAACCAGUCGGGACAAUCCUAAUCUCUUGCUGGAGAGAUAUUUCCAUCAGAUUAUGGGUAGUAGAAGGACCGAAUCGGGGAACUACAGAAACCCUUGCCUCACGAUGCAUCAGCCGUGGGCUUCUUUACUUGUUUACGGUAUCAAACGAAUCGAGGGCAGAUCGUGGCCGGCUCCGAUCAGAGGACGACUAUGGAUUCAUGCAGCUGGUAAGGUCCCAGAGCCCGAGACAAUCAAAGCCAUGGAAGACUUUUACAGGGAAAUCUAUGCAACGAAUGGAAUCACAGAUAUCACUUUCCCUGAACAUUACCCUGUUUCUCGACUUCUAGGUUGUGUCGAUGUUGUCGGCUGUGUUACCUGUGAUGAAUUAGUCAGCUGGGAAGAUGUACCAUCAUCGGUUAGACUCGAAGGACAAACGGCCCUUUGCUGGCUAUGCGAGAAACCACAGAAACUCAUUGUCCCAUUCGAGAUGCGCGGAUAUCAAGGAGUAUAUAAUCUGGAAAGAAAGAUAUACGAGCCUGCCGUUCGAGGCCUCACUUCCGUUAGAUCUCCUCAACCAAUCAAAUUCUCACUCCCGAAUCCACGAGAUCCGUUCUCAUUAAAACCAGGCUCUCUUGCUCGCCAUCCGGAAUCCCUAAACAUACCCGAGGAGGACAAACCUGAAAAACUCGCGGCAGCCAUUGCCGGCGCCAGAGCAGCUGCGACGCAGUUUUCAAAGAAUCAUACUUCCAACCCGAGGGGCCAAAACAACGCGCCUAUCGCCUACCAAACAAGGAAUAAUUUGCAUACGAGUGACAGAAACUCAGAUUCCCCGAGCAUCGCAUCUGCGACUCAGUUUUCAGACAAUGUUGACGAUCGUGACAAGAAGCAGCCUAUGCUGGUGCCCUCGAGAACAAAGAAUUCUUCGCAGCUCGUGCAGAGGAACUUGAUAUACCAGGCUGCUGUUAGAGGGAUCUCUUCUAAUGUAGGACGUGGAUCUUCAAUGGCUUCAAGACCGCCAUGAUUGGAAGCUCGACUUCAUCCAGGCAUGAUUAUGAUUAGAUUAAUUUUUGCUUUUACCAACAAAUGAUGGAAAGAUUUGAGUGAUGCCAAUGGUAAUAAAUAUUAUUUUAGUUGGUAAUGUUUUUGUUUUUACUGUAUAUAUAUAUAUUUUAUGUUUGACCGGUUAGUUGUUACAAUAAAAACUGACAUGCA